UAUCUCUUCAAUUGGUUGAACCCUCUUCUGUUACUUCAAUAUAUCUUCUAUUACGAAACUUUUCGUACUUUCUGUAGACGCUGCGAGAUAGAUCAAUAGAACUGUGGUGAUUCUUUUUUUUUUUUUGUUCACAUCACCAAAGGCAUGAACAAUUCCGUGCAGCGAAAGGCUUCUAAACAUGAAGAUGGGGUUGAUUUGAUCAGCAACUUGCCAGAUCCUCUUCUUCUUCUAAUUCUCUCGGGCCUUCAAUCUACCGAAGAACAAAUCCGAACAAGCAUUUUGUCCAGACGAUGGAGGUAUUUGUGGACAUUAGUUCCUUCUCUAGACUUAAAACCCUUAGCAAAAUUGCAAAAUAGCAAAUUCAAAGAAUUUGUUUAUUGGGUUUUGUUAAACAGAUCCGUGGAUUUGUAUUGUUUUCGUUUAUCUGGUUGGGAUUCCUACAGAACAUCGACAGUAGAGCGGUGGAUUCACGCCACCGUUAUGAAAAACGUCAAACAACUUGACUUGAGUUUUGGGCCCAAGGAGAAGUACAUUGAGGAUAUGAUGAUACCCCAUUGUCUUAUGACUUGCACUUCUUUGGAGGUAUUAAGGUUGUCUUGUAGACAUCGUGUAAUCCUACCUAGAAUUUCUGGGUUUCCUGCACUUAGGGUUCUUAAGUUGGAAAAUGUUGAGUUAUUUGACAAUGAUUUAGUGAAAUAUUUUUUUCUUGAAAGUUGCCCGUUGCUGGAGGAUUUAACGUUGUAUGAAUGUGUGGUAGACAAACUUGAUCUUCUUUGUGUUUCAUGUCCAAACCUCAAGAAGCUGACACUUCUUAACUGGUGUAAGUACUACUUGUGUAGUUCUCUUAAACUUUCAUGCCCAAAACUGGUGUAUCUGGAUUUAAAAGGUGAAGUAGCUUCAAGUUAUAUCUUUGAAUGUCUAUACUCAUUGAAGGAAGCUGUACUUUAUCCCGAGUGCGACGCCAUAUUUAAUAAGCUGUUUCAUGAAUUUUCUCAUUUGGAAUCUUUAGCUACUAACCUUGAUUUCUUACCCGAGGUAAAUGUUUAUUCUCUUCAUGAAUGGCUGAUAUAUAGAGGUUUCUCAAUCGAUGUUUUUUGCUUUCCAAAUUUUGUAUUUAAAUUGUAUAUACUCCUGAGUCCUGAUUAAAUUGCAUCAUUACUUGUUUAUCAUGAAAUCUUUAUCAAUUGUGUACCCAUAUGCCUAUUUGAUACCAUGAUUAAUAACUCUACUUGCUAUCAUUAUUAUAGUAGAUUGAUGAUGCACAUGAUCUGGCUCUACAAAAUCUAAAGACUUUGGAGCUACACUCAUCAAUUGAUGAAUUUACUGCUGAACGACUCAUCCAAGCCCUCGAAUAUUGUCCUGAACUGGAGUCCCUCAGUUUAACCUUUGAAAAUGUCAUCUCAUGUGAUCCAAUGGUAUUUUAUUUUAUGCAUCACAUUCUUGAAAGUAUGGUGUCUCACUUCCACAAUUUUCUUGGUUGCAAGCAUGGUGUAUUGUGCAUAUCUAAUUCCUGACAUAAGCAUAGAAGGAGAAAUUCGGUCUAUAUACCUAUAAACGGGUUAUAUUUUAUCAAAUGAGUAUAAUAAAAAGAAACACUAAAAUAGCAACAGGUCAAAUAGGCUGAACGAACUGA